CUUGGAGGCGCCCGCUCAGCGCGCUCCUGCGCCGCGGACCUUAGCUUCUCCUGGGCUGCGCCCGCUGGGGCUGAGGGACCUAGGGGGGACCCAGACAGGAGUGGGUGCUGGGCGAAACGAGCCAUUGAGGAUUCGGUCGUAGCCAGGGCGGCCGGGCGGGGUGCGCCCAGCUCCGGCCCCUGGAACGCCCAGCGCGGUUCCCGCCUCCAUGGACGCCUUCAAGGGGGGCAUGAGCCUGGAGCGUCUGCCCGAGGGGCUCCGGCCGCCGCCGCCGCCUCACGACAUGGGGCCAGCCUUUCACCUGGCCCGUGCCGCCGACCCCCGCGAGCCGCUGGAGAACUCUGCCAGCGAGUCGUCCGACACGGAGCAGCCAGAGAAGGAGCGCGGCGGGGAAUCCAAGGGCCCUGAGGACAGCGGUGCGGGAGGCGCCGGUUGCGGUGGCACUGAGGACCCCGCCAAGAAGAAAAAACAGAGGCGGCAACGCACGCACUUCACGAGCCAGCAGCUGCAGGAGCUGGAGGCCACGUUCCAAAGGAACCGCUACCCCGACAUGAGCAUGCGGGAGGAGAUCGCGGUGUGGACCAACCUCACGGAACCUCGAGUGAGGGUCUGGUUCAAGAACCGGCGCGCCAAGUGGCGGAAGCGCGAGCGUAACCAGCAGCUGGACCUGUGCAAGGGCGGCUACGUGCCGCAGUUCAGCGGCCUGGUGCAGCCCUACGAGGACGUGUACGCCGCCGGCUACUCCUACAACAACUGGGCAGCCAAGAGCUUGGCGCCCGCGCCGCUCUCCACCAAGAGCUUCACCUUCUUCAACUCCAUGAGUCCGCUGUCGUCGCAGUCCAUGUUCUCUGCCCCCAGCUCCAUCUCCUCCAUGACCAUGCCGUCGAGCAUGGGCCCAGGCGCCGUGCCUGGCAUGCCCAACUCGGGCCUCAACAACAUCAACAACCUCACCGGCUCCUCGCUCAACUCGGCCAUGUCGCCGGGCGCCUGCCCCUACGGCACCCCCGCUUCGCCCUACAGCGUCUACCGGGACACGUGCAACUCGAGCCUGGCCAGCCUGCGGCUCAAGUCCAAGCAGCACUCUUCAUUCGGCUACGGCGGGCUGCAGGGCCCGGCCUCGGGCCUCAACGCGUGCCAGUACAACAGCUGACCGCCCAGCGGGCCGCAGGCCGGAGCGCGGGACCUCCCUGCCGCCUCCACUCCCCACUCCCCACCUCCGGGUUGGUUUUGUGUUUGCUUUUUCCGGACCCCACUCUGCCCUCCAAAACAAGACGAAACAAAAGCUGUCGGAUAAAAAGUGCCGCGAAAAGAAACGGAUAAGUUGCAAUGUCCCUCGAGGUGGCGCGGGUGGUGCGUGCGCGGCCCCUGAGGCCGGGUGGACCACUGCACGGUGCAGUGCAGUGCAGUGCAGUGCGGGGAGCGAGCGCCACUGCCGGGAAGCCCGGGAGGCCGGGGGAGGACGCCCGCAGAGCCCGCCCACCCGCCUGCAGCGCCGGCCCGAGACUGAUCGGCCUCACCCCGCCAACCGGACGAGCCCACCGGCCGAGCGCACCUUAGCUCAAAGCGGAUCCGAGUUGGAGCGAACGUUCGGCCGGGCUGGACCGCUCAGCCCGGAAUCGGGGUUUUGCCAUGCGGCGACCCCCUACCCCGUGCACCCCAAAGAGUCCUCGCCCAGCUCGCGCCUCCGGAGCCCAGCAGAAGACCAUCGAACCGCAACUGGCGGUGCGGAUGUGGCGGGGUGUUGGGAAGGGCUAGUCUCCCCAGCCUGCCGCAGGCUCAGGCCUUCUUCUCGGUUCCCGGGAUGGGGGAGGGGGGAGGAGGAAUGUCCCGGCGGAAGUGCCCCUUCUCACCGCCCACCGUGCCAGAGUCGAGCCGGGAGAGCUCGGGCCGGGCCCCCGCGCCGCGCCCACUUUGCACACCCGCUUCCCGGCCCGCGCCCCUGUUUACAGCGUCCCUGUGUAUGUCGGACUGACUGUAUAGAAUUAUAAAUCUGUCUAUAUCGACUUGUCCAUGUACGUCUAUUAAAACCAUAGUACGAGCG